AUCGACCGCGCCUACCCCGAGUUUGCCGCUAUAUAAAGAGGAGCUGACGAAGGACAAGACAGAGUAUCCAAGACACUCGUACAUUCAACAUGCAUUCCAAGGUCGUUCUCGUUGUGUUGGGCCUGGCUGCCCUCGCUACAGUCUACGCUGCCCCUGGAGCAUCCUCAGAGGAAUCCUUCGAAUCCAGCGAGGCCAAGUACAACUUCAACUGGGCCGUGAGAGACGAAUCCUCCGAGAACGACUUCGGACACCAGGAGGCCCGCGAAGGAGACGACACUCAGGGAUCCUACUACGUCCACCUCCCCGACGGCCGCCUCCAGAAGGUGUCCUACCACGUCGAUGGGGAUGACGGUUACGUGGCCGAAGUCUCCUACGAAGGAGAGGCUCGCUUCCCCGACUCAGCCUCUUACGAAUCCAACGAAUCUAAAUAAGAUGGGACCCUGGGAUCCCCUUGUGGAACCUCCGGAAUUUUCAAUACUAAAUUAUUUAUGAAGAAUAUUUAUUCCUGCCAAUUAUAAAUAAAUUCAUUUGGUGAAA